AUGAAGGCUGGAAGCGCGGCCAAGCUUAUUGUCGAUGCGCUGUUGCAGCGUUUCCUUCCACUUGCCAGGCGUCGAAUUGAAACAGCUCAAGCACAGGAUGGGCAAUACCUUCGACCAUCAGAUCCGGCGUACGAGCAGGUGUUAGACUCUUUAGCUAUGGUGGCACGGCAUACGCCCGUACCUUUAUUGGAAGCUCUAUCACGGUGGAGAGAAAGUGAAUCACCAAAAGGUGCAAACGAUGCAUCAACAUUCCAGAGAAAGCUUGCAGUAGAGUGUAUCUUUUGCUCAGCUUGUAUUCGCUUUGUGGAGUGUUGCCCACAAGAAGGACUUACAGAGAAACUUUGGAUUGGGCUUGAAAAUUUUGUCUUCGACUGGCUUAUUAAUGCAGACAGGGUUGUUAGCCAAGUUGAUUAUCCUUCAUUGGUAGAUUUGAGGGGCCUUCUUCUGGACCUAGUUGCACAACUCCUUGGUGCCUUGUCUCGGAUCAGAUUUAGUUCUGUGACUGAGCGCUUCUUCAUGGAACUCAACACUCGUCGAAUUGACACCAAUGUUGCUCGAAGUGAAACACUUAGUAUUAUCAAUGGGCUGCGCUACCUUAAGCUUGGGGUCAAAACAGAGGGCGGUCUAAAUGCAUCAGCUUCCUUUGUUGCUAAAGCCAACCCUCUAAAUCGCGCUCCUCAUAAACGGAAAAGUGAACUUCAUCAUGCUCUAUGCAAUAUGCUUUCAAACAUUCUAGCUCCACUUGCUGAUGGUGGAAAAGGUCAGUGGCCUCCUACAGGCGUUGAACCUGCACUCACCUUUUGGUAUGAAGCCGUUGCACGAAUAAGGGGGCAGCUCAUACAGUGGAUGGAUAAACAAAGUAAACAUAUAGCUGUUGGUUACCCUUUGGUGACUCUUCUGUUAUGUCUUGGUGAUCCUAAUUUUUUCCUCUGUAAUUUUGGCCCUCACAUGGAACAAUUAUACAAGCAUCUUAGGGAUAAGAACCAUCGCUUCAUGGCCUUAGAUUGUCUACAUCGCGUUCUGAGGUUUUACUUAAGUGUUCACGGUGAUUCACAACCUCCAAAUCGUGUAUGGGAUUACCUGGAUAGUGUCACUUCACAACUUUUGACGAUCCUAAGGAAAGGAAUGCUCACUCAGGAUGUCCAACACGACAAACUUGUGGAGUUCUGUGUGACUAUUUCAGAACAUAACCUUGAUUUUGCCAUGAAUCACAUGAUAUUGGAAUUAUUGAAGCAAGAUAGUCCAAGUGAAGCGAAGGUUAUUGGUCUUCGUGCUUUGCUUGCCAUUGUUAUGUCUCCUACAAGCCAGCAUGUUGGCUUGGAAAUUCUGCAUGUUCAUAAUGUCGGUCACUACAUUCCAAAAGUUAAGGCUGCAAUUGAAGGCAUUCUGAGGUCGUGCCAUAGAACUUACAGUCAGGCCCUUCUCACAUCUUCAAGGACCACUAUAGAUGCUGUUACAAAGGAAAAGUCUCAAGGAUAUCUUUUCCGGUCAGUGUUGAAGUGCAUACCGUAUCUGAUUGAAGAAGUUGGCCGAAGUGAUAAAAUUACGGAAAUCGUACCCCGACAUGGCAUCAGUAUUGAUCCUGGUGUUCGUGAGGAAGCUGUGCAGGUUCUGAAACGGAUUGUAAGAUACCUACCCAAUCGCCGCUUUGCAGUUAUGAGAGGGAUGGCAAACUUUAUCGUACAUCUUCCUGAUGAGUUCCCCCUUCUCAUUAAAACAUCAUUAAAACGCCUUCUGGAACUCAUGCACUUUUGGAGAGAAUGUCUGUCCGAUGGUAAGGUAGAAAUUGAUGUUUCCGAUACAAAGCGCGUACAGAGAAAUGAAGCCUUCAGAAAGUCUUCCUUUCAUCAGCCUCAGGAAGCAAUAGAAUUUCGUGCUUCAGAGAUAGAUUCUGUUGGUCUUAUAUUCCUUAGUUCUGUUGAUAGUCAAAUCAGGCGUACUGCCUUGGAGUUACUGCUUUGUGUACGUGCCUUACGAAAUGAUAUACGAGAACGUUCAAUGAAUGAACGGCCGGAGCAUAUCUUCAAAAAUGAGGCUGAACCAAUAUUCAUAAUUGAUGUUCUAGAAGAGAAUGGGGAUGAUAUUGUUCAGAGCUGUUAUUGGGAUUCUGGAUGUCCUUUUGAUCUGAGACGAGAAUCUGAUGCUGUACCUCCUGAUGUCAGUCUCCAGUCUAUACUUUUCGAGAGCCCAGAUAAGAACAGGUUGGCUCGAUGUCUAAGUGAGAUUGUCAAAUAUGCCACCGAGCUCUGUCCUACCUCUGUUCAGGAAGCAAAGUUAGAGGUUAUUCAACGACUUGCUCAUAUAACACCAGCUGAGUUGGGGGGAAAGGCUCAUCAGUCACAGGAUACAGACAAUAAGCUGGAGCAAUGGCUCAUGUAUGCAAUGUUUGCAUGCUCAUGCCCACUAUCCGGCCGAGAAGGUGGAGGUUCAGCUGCUACAAAAGAACUAUUCCAUCUGAUUUUUCCUUCCCUCAAGUCUGGUUCCGAAGCACAUGUACGUACAAUUGAUCACUUGGUCUACCAGUUGGCUCAGCGGAUGCUUGAUAGUGUAGAACCAUUAAGACCUGCUGCAAAUAAGGGUGAUGGUGGUGGAAACUUUGUUUUGGAAUUCUCUCAGGUUCCUGCAGUAGCACAAAUCACCUCUGUUGUGGACACCCAGCCUCACAUGUCACCUUUACUAGUUCGUGGUUCUCUUGAUGGACCACUCAGGAACACUAGUGGAAGCUUGAGCUGGAGAACAGCUGCUGUUGGAGGCCGAAGUGCUUCAGGCCCAUUGACUCCUAUGCCUCCAGAGAUGAACAUUGUUCCGGUAACUACUGGUCGGUCUGGGCAACUUCUGCCAUCAUUGGUAAACAUGUCAGGGCCACUAAUGGGGGUGCGAAGUUCAACUGGAAGCUUGCGAAGUCGUCAUGUAUCUCGAGAUAGUGGAGAUUACCUCAUUGACACUCCCAAUUCUGGGGAAGAUGGAUUGCAUACCGGGGUUGGAACUCAUGGUAUCAAUGCUAAAGAACUUCAGUCAGCAUUGCAAGGCCAUCAGCAACACUCAUUGACGCAGGCGGACAUUGCCUUGAUUCUACUUGCUGAAAUUGCCUAUGAAAAUGAUGAGGAUUUUCGUGAGCAUUUGCCAUUGCUCUUUCACGUAACAUUUGUCUCAAUGGACAGCUCAGAGGAUAUUGUGUUGGAGCACUGCCAGCACCUGCUAGUUAAUCUGCUGUAUUCCCUUGCUGGUAGGCAUUUAGAGCUGUACGAUGUUGAAAAUAGUAAUGGAGAGAACAAGCAGCAGGUUGUGAGCCUGAUUAAAUAUGUCCAGUCAAAGAGAGGUAGCAUGAUGUGGGAGAAUGAGGAUUCAACGGUUACCAGGACAGAGCUUCCAAGUGCAGCUCUCUUGUCUGCUCUUGUGCAGAGCAUGGUUGAAGCAAUCUUCGUCCAAGGAGAUCUUCGAGAAACUUGGGGAGCAGAGGCACUUAAAUGGGCUAUGGAGUGCACAUCGAGACAUCUUGCCUGCCGGUCACACCAGAUUUACCGAGCAUUGCGACCCCGAGUAACAAAUGAUGCAUGUGUAUCUCUGCUUCGCUGCCUGCAUAGGUGCUUGGGUAAUCCUUUACCCUCUGUGUUGGGUUCUGUAAUGGAAAUAUUGUUGACUUUGCAGGUGAUGGUGGAAAAUAUGGAGCCAGAAAAGGUGAUACUCUACCCCCAACUUUUCUGGGGCUGUGUAGCUAUGAUGCAUACGGACUUUGUUCAUGUUUACUGCCAGCGUACGGAAUCAAGGAAUGUCUGUGAACCGUCACCAUCGAAUGGAAAGGUGCCAGCAUUUGAAGGAGUGCAGCCUCUAGUGCUUAAAGGACUCAUGUCUACUGUUAGUCACGGUGUUUCUAUUGAGGUUCUUUCACGAAUAACGGUGCCUUCUUGUGAUUCGAUCUUCGGCGAUUCAGAAACACGCCUCCUGAUGCACAUUACAGGCUUGCUUCCCUGGCUUUGCUUACAGCUCAGCCAGGAUGCCGUAGUGGGACCCGCUUCACCACUGCAACAGCAGGAUCAAAAGGCUUGUUCCGUUGCAGCCAAAAUUGCAAACUGGUGUCGAGCAAAAUCACUGGAUGAGCUAGCUACUGUAUUUAUGGCUUAUGCCUCUGGAGAGUUCAAGGGCAUAGAGAAUCUUCUUGCUUCUGUCUCACCAUUAUUAUGCAAUGAAUGGUUCCCCAAGCACUCGGCUUUGGCUUUCGGGCACCUCCUACGGCUUUUGGAGAAAGGACCAGUUGAAUAUCAGCGUGUCAUACUUCUUAUGCUGAAGGCUUUGCUUCAGCAUACUCCUAUGGACGCAGCUCAAAGCCCACAUAUGUACGCCAUUGUGUCCCAGCUGGUAGAGAGUACCCUGUGCUGGGAGGCACUUGGUGUACUGGAAGCACUCUUACAGAGCUGUAGCUCUUUGCCCGGUUCUCAUCCUCCUGAUGCGGGAUCUUUUGAGAAUGGAUUUGGUACGACAGAUGAGAAGAUUUUUCCUCUGACCUCAUUUAAAGCUCGCAGCGGGCCCUUGCAGUUUGCUGCAGGAAUAGGAUAUGGUGGGGGUUCCACUCUGGCAGGGCAGUCUAAUGUAAAUGAAUCUGGUAUUUCACCAAGGGAGUUAGCAUUGCAGAAUACGUGUUUGAUGCUAGGACGAGUACUAGACGGUUGUGCGCUCGGCAGACGACGAGAUUACAGAAGGCUGGUUCCUUUUGUGACAACGGCCGGAAACCCUUGA